AUGAGUUCUCAAACAGGUCCGAAUAAUUUUUACAAUAGCAACCACGAAGUCACAGAGAAAAACAACAAAACUUGUGAAAACACGGGUGUACAUUUUUAUGGGCUCUAUGGAAAAGUUGCAUUUUGCGAAGCUUCCCCCAAGAAAGUAACAUUAGAG